CGGGUUCCUGCGUAGCCCCGUGUGACAUAGCCUCAGUUUCCCACCUACUGAGUAAAAUUCUGCACGUCGGAUCUACGAGGUCCCUCCAACGCUAAGGUGGCGGCCGCAGCAGGUCCUACAUCUGGGCUAGUGACUAUUUCCUCGUGCCACCACAACUCUAAGGAAAACAAUGCCUUUGGGCAGCCUUCUUGGCCUACUGAGGCACUGUGCUGUGAGGGCAGCCUUUCCUGCACCCUGCCACCUACACACAUCCUCUUGGAGAGCUGACAGCAGCAGGGUUUCACUUACUCGACUGCGCCGCCAGGCCUAUGCUCGCCUCUACCCUGUGCUGUUGGUCAAGCAGGAUGGUUCCACUAUCCGCAUCCGAUACCGGGAGCCACGACGCAUUCUAGCGAUGCCCCUAGACAUAGAUGCCCUAUCUCCAGAAGAGCGCCGGGCCCGGUUCCGGAAACGUGAAGCUCAGCUUCUGCAGAAGAGGGAGGAAGAGCCAGAAAUGAUUGACAGUUUUGACACUGAACAAUACAAACGGUUUUGGACCAAGACCAAGAAGUAACUAUGUCAGGGAAUUGCACCAGAGACGUUUUGUAAGGAUAGAGAAUCAUCUGUCUGUAAAUUAUACAUUUUUGAAACCAAA